AUGGAUGUUCAAAAUAAAAUUAAAGAAAACAAAAACAUAUCAUUAAAUAAUGAAAAUCUACAAACAACAAAAAUUACAAAUUCUAAAUCAUUAAUUUCAUUGAAAAAAAAUAAACAAAAACAAAUGCUUAGAAAACAACUUAAACUUAUUAAAAAUAAACAAGUUAGAGCAGUACCAAGUGGUUAUUACACUGGUCUCAUUAAUGAUAUGCAUAAAGACUAUAUAAAUUUUAAAGAAAAAGGAACAUUUCUUCAAAUGGAAUAUAUAAAUCCAUUAAUUCAACAAACACAACAAACAUCUGAAUUAAUUAAUCGUUUUAAUGAAGAAACUCGUUUAGAAGAAAAAAAAUUAGAAAAAUCUAAGGCACCAAGAACUCUUAAUGGAUUAUCAAUUCAAUGUACACUUCCAUCAAAAUAUGAUGAAUUAGAAAAUCUUUCAUCAUUAUCUUUUCUAGUUAAAUAUACAAAACCAUUAAAUAAUCGACAACAAAUUGUUAUGAAAUUAAUACGUAAAAUUCAACCUGAUACUACGAUUGAUAUUGAUGAUGCAAAAGAUAUUGUUUUCGAAUAUUUUAAUCAAUAUAAAACACAUCAAGAUAUUAAUGAACUUUUUCAUUUUCUUAAUAUUAAUUCAUUAAAUAAAUUUCAAUCAAAAGAAAUUAUUAUUAUUUGUUGUUAUGCUGAACGAUAUUUUCUUCAUAAAUUAAAUAAAAAUGAAAAUAUUUUAUUUGAACGACCAUUACAAGAAAUAAUUGAUUUUGAAUUUUUAAAAAGAAAAUUAGAUGGAUUAAAAUUAACGGAUGAUUUAAAACAUUUAAUUAAGACUUUGGAAGCACCGAAUAACAAACAUUUCAAUAUGGAUUAA